CCAAACAAAGAUUCAUACAACCAGGUCAAUCAUGCUUAACAUGGCAACAAGAAUCGUACAAGGCGGCUUUUCAAAGGGCCAAUUUGCACUCAUACCGAUGCGGUUGCAGAAAUGCAAUACCGGCCCCCAGGUGAACGGAGCCCGGAACUACUCGUCGUCAUCAUCCAACGAUAUGACUGAUAAUAACAGCAACGAUCUGAAAGGAGUUACAGAUGAUUCGAUUAAAAAAUCUGUCUUCAUUUCACAAUCCUACGAUGUUUUCACAAAUCUUGCUCUGGAAGAUUGGUUAUAUAAGAAUUUCGAUUUCUCACACCAUCACCUGUUAAUGCUGUGGGCAAAUGAUCCAUGUGUCGUGAUCGGACGUCAUCAAAAUCCCUUCAUUGAGGCGAAUGUAUCCAAUUUAAUGCGGAAGGGGAUUACGUUGGCCCGGCGUAAUAGUGGCGGCGGAGCUGUGUAUCACGAUCGUGGAAACUUGAAUUGUACUUUCUUUACGCCACGUGAACGAUAUAAUCGAAAGUAUAAUUUGAAUAUCAUUACACGAGCACUGUUCAGAGAAUGGGGAAUCAAGUCAGACAUUUCGGAUCGUGACGAUAUCGUCAUAAGCGGCAAGAAGAUAUCCGGAACAGCUGCUAAACUGGGUCAGCCGAACGCGUAUCAUCAUUGCACGCUUCUCGUGAACUCCAAUAAACUUCAUUUAAGUGAUGCUCUAGCAAAAGAUGAGGUCAAUAUCAUCAGCAAGGCAACAUCCUCUGUCCGUUCACCUAUUAAAAAUCUUUGUGAUGUAAAUCGUGCUGUCAAUGUACCGCAGCUUCUAUCUGCCAUCGGCUAUGAAUUCCUACGAACAUCAGCUACAGAAUUGGAAGAUGGAGGCCGUGAUCAAGCUAUGAAACAACGUGGAUUCCAAUUGAUCAAUCCAACUGAGAAAUGGUUCCCUGGACUGACGGAAAUUCGUGAAAUGUUCGCAUCAUGGGAUUGGCGCCUUGGCAAAACUCCCAAAUUCACCGUGCAGAAGGAACUCGAGAUGAAAGCAGAAGACAAGGAGCAUAAGGUCUUGUUGAGCCUUGAUGUUGAGAAGGGCAUCAUUACCAACAUUACCUUGACGCUUCCCACGAAUGACGUUGUUCCAGUUGUCUCGAAUCUUCUCAAUCAACCCUACACGGAAGAUAGCUUACACGGCAUGAUGGACGCAUUGAAAUUGGUACCAUCGAGUGAUAUGAAGCAAGCCAUGAGCGGUUUAUGAGAACUAUUCAUUGCAGAUUGAAAGUGACGUCUCUUAGAAAUCUAUUAGGCCCAAUCAGUUUAGCUUGAAUAACAGUAUGGUAGCUUGAUAUCAUCUUCAUUUGCUUUUUAUUAUGGUUCUGGUUAAGCCGUAACAGUUAGAACACGAACUCAAGCAACUUGUGCUUAUUAAUUCACUUUCUUAUAAAUCUGUAUUGCUUCAAAACAAAAAAAAACGAUUAAUAACAAGCUCGAGGAAUGGAAGCGUGAUAUUCUGGAUGCGAUAUUGGAAGACCAGGAUGCGAUAUUCACCAAAAAUUAGGUCCUAAUUUUUCGUAGAUGGCCAAUUUCAAUGUUGAUUUUUGUAAGACUGAUUUAGAAGAAAUUACUUUUGUGUUAUAUGUAGUCCUAUUGAUAUUCGAUUGUUUAGGAAUCUAAUUAAAUCAAUGAAUUAGACAUUGUAAAUUUUAUAUGAUAUAGUAAAAAAAUAAAAAAAAAAAAGAAGAAAUAAUACAAAU